CGCCCUCCCACUUCCUGUGUCUUACUUUCCUUUCCGCUAGCGUGCAGGCAAUGAGUCGAACUCCCGGCAAAUUCAGAACUCUCCUCUCCAAAGCCCGCAGCUACAUCGGCCUCGCCACCGCCUCAACAGCCGCCGCUUCCGCUUCUCUCUCCACCUCAGUCGCCGGCGCAUCCAUGGAGGAGCUCAGGACCCGCGUCUGUAUCAUCGGGAGCGGCCCCGCUGCCCAUACCGCCGCCAUCUACGCCGCCAGAGCCGAGCUCAAGCCCAUACUCUUCGAGGGCUGGAUGGCCAACGACAUCGCCCCCGGCGGCCAGCUCACAACCACCACCGACGUCGAGAACUUCCCCGGAUUCCCCGAAGGGAUCAUGGGCGGAGAGCUCAUGGACCGCUGCCGUAGCCAGUCCCUCCGAUUUGGAACCCAAGUCUUCACCGAGACAGUAAACAAGGUCGAUUUCUCUUCCACUCCUUUCAAGAUCGCCACCGAUUCGAAGACCGUCGUCGCUGAUACCGUCGUGGUCGCCACUGGGGCGGUAGCCAAACGCCUCCAUUUCUCCGGGUCGGACACUUUCUGGAACCGGGGGAUCUCCGCGUGCGCGGUGUGCGACGGCGCCGCGCCCAUUUUCAGGAACAAGCCGCUCGCGGUGAUCGGAGGUGGGGAUUCGGCGAUGGAAGAGGCGAAUUUCUUGACCAAGUACGGGAGCAAAGUUUACAUCAUUCACAGGAGGGAUACUUUCAGGGCAUCCAAGAUUAUGCAGAACAGGGCUUUGACAAACCCUAAGAUUGAAGUGCUGUGGAAUUCGGUGGCGGAGGAGGCUUAUGGAGAAAGGUCGCUUACUGGGUUGAAGGUGAAGAACAUGGUGACCGAUGAAGUCUCUGAUUUGAAAGUUUCUGGGUUGUUCUUCGCCAUUGGGCAUGAACCAGCUACCAAGUUCUUGGAUGGGCAGCUGGAGCUCGACUCCGAUAGCUACGUUUUGACCAAGCCCGGAACUACGCAGACUAGCGUUCGUGGUGUAUUUGCUGCUGGUGAUGUUCAGGACAAGAAGUAUAGGCAGGCUAUAACAGCAGCUGGCACUGGGUGCAUGGCAGCACUGGAAGCAGAGCAUUACUUGCAAGAGAUCGGCACCCAAGAGGAUAAGAGCGAGCCAUCCAAGAUGUAAAAGGUUUGCUUUUACUGAAGAAAGCAGGAUGUAUUCAUUAAUUGUGAUUGCUUAAGUGGAGAACUAUAAGCGAGAUUGUGACAGAUUGGUCCUAUUGUUAUGCCUUUGAUGAUGAUUAGCCUGAGUGAAACGGGUUGUUUCUACAUUAAGGCGCAUGGCCUUGAGUGUCAGAUGAUGCUCUCAAUUCAGACAUUGCAAAAGUUUAUUAGUUCGUAAUAGAUCGAUUGGACAUUUUAUUGUGAUGAGUGAUUACGGUGUUCUAUGCAUCAAGAUUUGUGUUAAGUUUUCAGUUCAUGUGAGCAAGAUGGAGGGGCUUUUUUUUUUUUUUACUUAGGCAGAAAUUCAAAUACAUAGACAUAAAGAGGACAGUAAUCAUCCACGGCAGUUGGUCAAUAAUCGAACUUACGAUAAGAGUGCCUUUUAUUUUUAGUUAGGCAUAAAUUUAAAUACAUAGACAUAAAGAGGAGAGUAAUCAUCCACGGUAGUCGGUCAAUAAUCGAACUUACCAUAAGAGUGCUUUUUUUGCUUUAUGAUGGAUAGCCUGGUAGAAUGCGGAGGCGUAAAAGUACCCAAACAAAAAGAAGCGUGUAGCAAAAACAAUUUUGUCCACAAGUGCUCCAAGUUGUUCGCCACAUCCCUAACCAGAACCAGCCUCACCAGCAUUGAUUGAGACAUCACCACAAAGUGUUGGGAGCAGCAUUGCAAUGACUCCAGCAAAAUCUGCGGAUAGCAUCAGCUAGAAAGAUCGAAGAAGAAAUUGGCCACAAAUGGCUCGGGCUCGCUCCAUAGCAAAAUCAGCGGAUAGCAUCAGCUAGAAAGAUUGAAGAAGUAAUUGGCCACAAAUGGCUCGCUCCAUAUAUGGAAGGUGACAAUUUCAAAUUGGAACAAGCAUGGAAAGAAAAGGACUCAAAUCUACAGGCUCCGUGAGGAAUUGUAAGUAUAUAAAGGUGUGAGAAUUAG